GGAUAGGGAUAACUUUAAUAAAGUGCCGGCAAACGAUAGUUUAACGCGCCAUGACGCUGGCCAAGCGUCGACCCGGGGUUAUACCCUACUCUGCACUACCCCAGUUGGGCCCCUUUGUAGUGGGUCAUGAGGCUUGUGCUUUUCGAAUGCACCCCUGGCCUGCUGGAAGGCCCAUAGCUGUGUGUCCUUGUCUGCAGACUGCAGACAAGAUAUUAACAAUAGAUAUUAACAAGAUAGAGUGAUAAAUAGAAGACAGCAGAGGCAGGGCUAUUAAUGAAAGCGCACACAGACACAAGGAGUUUCUUGGCCAAUGUCCCGUAGUGGGUAAGCGCCACGGCUCGAGGGGCCCGCGACCACGCAACCCACGAUGGCCGCCUUGCUGGGCCGGACGCUAGCGCUGGCCGUGUUGGCAGCCUGCGUUCUGCGCAGCUGCGGGGUCGCCAUACCGUGGCGUUGGCAGGGCAGCUCGCCAGGACACAGGGCCCUGCGCGAACAGAGCCGCUGCCUCUCCGAUGCCCGCGCCCAGGAGAUCGGGGAUCGCGCCACCUGCCCAUUCGACGUCAUCAUCAACGUGGACCCGAAACGGAUACCCACUGAGAUACCCAUGGCGAGCUGCAGGUGUCCGAAAUUCCAGUGCGGCGCGAACAAGCGUUGCGUGACGCUGUCCUUCUUGAUUGACGUGUCGUACAACGUGAGCGGCGUGCUGAAGCCGAAGAAGAUCGAGACCUCGUCCGGCUGCGUGUGCGCCUGGCCUCAGCUGGUCCAGCCACCGGCGAGUGCGGGCACUGGAAUGGCUGCGAGGGGAGACGAUCCGGGCUACUAUCUCGUGCGAUGACUUCGCUGGCUCCCCCAAUAAAUUUCGUUUUCGGUGGC